AUGCAGCCUCUGACCGCAGCCCUCAGUCUGGCCCUGUGCGCCCUGAGCGCGUGCACAGACGCGGUGCCGCCCGCGCCGCGCCACGCCGGCCACGACCUCCUGCACCACGACGGCGACUGGGGCGACGGCGGGCGCGGGGGCGGCGCCGGGCGCUGGCAGGACAGCGGCUACUUCCAGGGCGACAUCAUGCUGCCCGCCAACGCGUCAGCCCGCAACGGCCUCCUGUCCGCGGCGGCGCGCUGGCCCAACCGCGUCAUGCCCUACUACAUCGACCCCACCUUCACGGCCGCCCAGCGCGCAGUCAUCGAGAGCGCCGUCGCCGACUACAACGCGCGCACCUGCGUCACCAUGCGGCCCUACCGAAGCGGCGACUCGCGCUACAUCUGGAUCAAGGGCGACAACACGGGCUGCUGGUCGUACGUGGGCGCGCAGGGCGGGGUCACCAUCCAGUUUGGGGCAACAUCCAGUAAUGUGGUACGUACCCGACCCCCUGUGCCGCACGCCUCCCUACACUCUCAAGUGCACAUAACCGUCACCCGCGCUGGGCCCGGCAGGCAUGGAGCACAACUUCGGGACAAGUUACAGCGCCAGCGUCAUCAGACUUUGGCGUGGACGUACGAUACGGGCAGCAUAAUGCACUACGACGCCUACGCCUUCAGCAAGAACGGACAAAAGACCAUCGUCGCCCCGCGACCAAUCGGACAGAACAGUGGCUUCAGCUCUUCAGACAUCCUCAAGCUGGAGAAGAUGUACGGCUGCCGAUGACCUUCGACCCAUACAUUCUGAGCGAAUCGCAUCGCUGCCAAUUUGUACAUACAUUCCUAUUUUCUACGUCAAUAAAUACUUUUACUAAAACAGCGCUACAUAUUGGAGCGGAAGAUCGAAAUGUACGGUGCUGCUUAUUCUUGAACACAUUUUCUUAUGAAUAAAUUAUUUUUCUACAGAA